CAUUAUAUUGCAGAACAAAAUUACAAGAAAAAAAAAAUGGGAAGACAAAACCGGGGUACAAAUGCGGGACCUCAAGAUAAACAACACUUCAGCCAUUCCCACAUCUUGAAACUAAUUGUGAAUCCAUCUGAAACAGUACUCCCUUGCAAUGCUUGUGAGCAACCAAACAAUACUAACAAACCUUUCUAUGGCUGCAACACCUGCCAAUAUUCUCCAUGAAACUGCUUCAAUGCUCCGCGUUUUCUCAAUCACGCGUCUCAUCCUUCCCAUCCCUUGACCCUUCUCCCAAGUGCGACUUAUUCGAGUUGUUCCUUUACUUGCAAGGCUUGUGACUCUGCUGGCAAUGUACUUUGCUUUAGCUGUGCUUGUUGUGAAUUUGAUAUCCACUUACAAUGUGCAUCUCUUUCGAGUUUUAUACUUGUUGAUAAACACCCGCAUCAAUUGGAGCUCAACUUCGGUUCUCCUUACGAAGACAAGGAUAGUGAAUAUGUUUGUGAUAUCUGCAGUAAAAUAAUGAACAAGGAGAAUUGGUUGUACUAUUGCGGUGGCUGUGAUUUCGCAUCACACUUGCACUGUGCGAUAACUAGUCCUGAAGUUGGUGUUUUCGCCAAACAGCAGCGUCCAAUUCCAAAUCCAAAUCCAAAUUCAAAUUCAAAUUCAAAUCCAAACCCAAAUAGAAAUCCAAAUGCAAGAGUGGAGAUGAUAAAUUCAGCAAAUGAAGCUGAAGAACAGAUAAUGGCAGCUCAACUUCGUGCUCAGAUUGCGGCACGAGGAAGAGAGGCUUGUCUGGACUUGGUGACACCACGAAGACGAUACGGUUACUAUUAACUCUAUCAUCGUGAUAAGAAAAUUGUUUAAGCUCAAACUAUGUUGUCUUUUAAUUGCAAAAUAAAUGUUUUGGUGUGUUAUUUCUCUUUCUGAUCACUCUCUUCAAUAUCAAAUGUUAGUACUAUUAAUUA